AUGUCAACUCAUACCACCAAAUUUGCCACCAAUGCUACUGCUGAACAACCCAUGCCUGAGAGUGGCCGUGCUCGUGCCUUUGUCACUUUCUUAGCAGGGAACGGUGACUAUGUCAAGGGUGUUGUGAGUUUGGCUAAAGGACUGAGGAAGGUCAAGACCAUGUACCCUCUUCACUCCCAAGGUUGCCUUGUGAGGGAGAUUGAACCGGUGCAUCCUCCUGAGAAUCAGACCAAGUUUGCCCGUGACUAUUUUUUCGUGGAGUACAGCAAGAUGAUAUAUCUAGACGCUGACAUUCAGGUUUUUGGAAAUAUUGAUCACCUAUUCGAUCUGUCUGAUAAUUAUUUUUAUGCGGUGUUGGAUUGUUUUUGUGAGAAGUCUUGGAGUAACACCCCUCAGUAUAAGAUUGGGUACUGCCCACAGUGCCCUGAUAAGGUUCAAUGGCCCUCUGAAUUUGGUGCCAAGCCUUUGUUGGGUUUGCUCUUUUACUAA